GCCAGAUUUCAGUUGCAGUUUUAAAAAAUGGAGGUAAUACGGAGGAAAAGAAAACUCGCUGCGAUGCUAAUAAUAACAGAAAUCAUAAAUGAUGACAGGGAUGAAGAAAUAAUUUUGAGGGAAUUGGCUGAGAGCAGGAAGGAAGUGAGUGCUGUGUUCCAAAAACGCAUGAAUUUAGGAAUAUACAACACUUUGAUCAAGCGCCAUCUCCGUGAUGAAGAAGAAAAGUUUCAAAGCUAUUUUAGAUUGACCCGCGAACGGUUUUCCUUUGUUUUAAGCCUCGUUGAAGAAGAUAUAACAUCCUCCUCCUAUAACAGAGUCAAAGAACCAAUAACAGCAGCAGAAAAAUUGGCGUUAACGCUAAGGUUUCUGGCCACAGGGGAAUCGUACAGAUCACUUUCAUUUGGCUACCGCAUCUCACACUCUGCAAUAAGCAAGAUCGUGCCCAAGGUGUUAGCUGCUCUACAGACAAAGCUUGUUCCACUUUUUUUACCUCCGCCUGAAGAGAUACGCUGGGCACAGAAGGCAGACGAGUUUUGGAAACGUUGGAGUUUUCCCAACUGUAUAGCUUCCAUUGAUGGCAAACAUGUGAGAAUUGUAGCACCAGCCAAAUCGGGAAGUCUCUACUUUAACUACAAGGGAUAUUAUUCUGUGGUGGUUCUUGCAAUGGUUGAUGCAAACUGCAAGUUUCUCAUUAUUGAUGUGGGAUCGUAUGGAAAGGAGGGUGAUGCAGGGAUUUUCAAAAAGUCCAAAAUGGGAGAGUUAGUGAAGAAUGGAACCAUGUUUCCACCUCCAAAAUACCUACCAAACUCUCACACCUUGCUACCUCACGUAGUAGUUGGUGAUGAUGCAUUCAGUUUGAGUGAACAUAUGAUGAAGCCUUAUCCUAGAGCACAAAUAUUGCACGAUGAAAAGAAAAGAAAGUUCAACUUCUGCCUCAGCAAAGCCAGAAGAACUUCUGAAAACGCUUUUGGCAUCAUGAGCACCAUUUUCAGAAUUUUUUUACUCCAAUAA